GUGUUACUACAAGGCUCGUAUCCAGCAGUCCCGGCCACUGUCACCAAUCGUGUUAGAAAUAGCACAAGGCUUGUCUUUAGCAGCUUCAGCCACUGCCACCAAUCCCCGUCGGAGUUAGGCUGGCCCACUGCGGGUGUGGGAGUUAUUUGUGUGCAGUUUGUCCCGAGAGAGACAUGGGGACCAGCGAUGCUGUGGCGGUGUUCCUGCUAUGGACGGUAACCUGUAGACUAGCCGGUAAGGUGUCUACGGAGCAACGUCAGAGGAGAAUCUUGUGCGCAUGAUCUUUGAAGAGCGGGGAUACAAUCCCACAAUCCGACCUGCGAAGUCCCCGGAUGAAGUGAUCACCGUCCAUUUCUACCUGAGUAUAUCUCAGUUAAUCAGCUUGAACGAGAAGGAAGAGACGAUGAAGACGAACGUGUGGCUCGGACAGAGCUGGUACGACCACCGUCUGGCGUGGAACAGUGCUGAGUACGAUAACCUGACUGUCAUCCGGGUCCCCGCGGAGGCCGUGUGGAAUCCAAACAUCGUUCUCUUCAACAACAAAGACGGGCAGUACGAAGUUGCCCUGUACACGAAGGUUCUUGUGUACGAGGACGGGAAGGUGGAGUGGCUCCCUCCCGCCAUCUUCCAGAGUAACUGCGCCAUCGACGUUCGGCAGUUCCCGUUCGACCGCCAGAACUGCAGCAUGAAGUUCGGCUCAUGGACCUACAGUCCGGAGGAGCUGGACAUUGUCUUGGAUUACGAUACUGCCACUACUGACGACUUCAAGGAGAGCGGCGAGUGGAACAUCCUGAAAUCGCCCUGCAGGAAAGUCGCUAACGAGAAAGAAGUAAGCGUUUUCUUUGACUUUAUCAUCCAGCGGAAACCACUGUUUUACAUCAUCAACCUGAUCAUCCCCUGUAUCCUGACGUCCUCCCUGUCUAUCCUGGUCUUCUACCUGCCGUCCGACUGUGGGGAGAAGAUCGGCCUGAACAUGGCCGUACUGCUGGCCAUGACUGUGUUCCUGCUGCUGAUCGCCGAUAUCAUCCCCUCCACCUCACUGGACGUGCCACUUAUCGGGAAAUAUCUGAUUUUCACGAUGACGUUCGUUACUAUGACAACGGUUGCCACGGUGAUGAUUCUAAACGUGCACCAUCGCACGGCCAGCACGCACGAAAUGCCUGGGUGGAUCCGGUUCGUGUUUAUCCGGGUGUUGCCGCGGAUCCUGCGGCUGCACCAGCCGGGAGAGGACGGGGAGGGGGCGGAGGAGCACAGCAACACGUGGGAUCCCGACAUCGACAUGUACAGCAAACCCACGACCAACAACGGCGUCCUGCACGACGCCACAGGCAGGCCCUUCGGUAGGAUCGGAACCGGCUUGCCAGGUGGGAAUUCGAAGGAGGAGCGGGCCGCCGGCAAGAUGCCGCCCGACCUGACCAGGGUCAUCAGGAACGUCAAGGCGGUGGCCUGCUUCUUCAAGGAUCAGGACGAGGAAUCACAGAUCAACGACGAGUGGAAGUUUGUUGCCAUAGUUAUCGACCGACUCUGUCUCUGGCUGUUCCUUAUCAUCUGCGUGCUGAGCACCCUGGGACUGUUUUACGAGCCCUUGUUUCUGCCUGAUGAUAUAGAUGUAUCAUCAGUACCUUGAAGGCAGCAAUUCAUAAGAUGUCGACAAUGUUUAGCCAUUUAUGGAAAUAGACUUUGAACGUGCAGAGUGUUACACUCUGUAAACUUUAUGUAUAACAUUAGACAUCUGUCAGAGAAUUGUUUGAUUUUGAAAAUUAGUUUUGACUCGAUUAUCAGUAUCAGCAAUUUAAAAGUCUAUUAUACAUCAGAGCCUACAUAACAUCACAGAAAAAUUGAAGUUGACACAGUGAGGAGGUGAACACACUUUUAUCAGGUAUCCCUCUUUUCAGUGUGUUCACGAAACGGCAGCAGUUACAACAUCUGGUUCCAGAGACUCAGAGACUGCUAAAGUAUCACUCGUUGUGCAAAGAGAGGAGAUACAUGUAUAGAUAUGCUGGAUCAUGUCCAGGAUUGAAUCUGACUCCCACAGCUGUAUGCCUUUUGAGUAUGUAAAGGAACACCAAACCUGGUCGUGUUCCCAUGACCAUCUUAUUCUAGUACAGACGUAUUGUGUUGGAAGGUUAAUCCUUGAUAGAAUAGCCACCGGCUAGUUCGGCGGCUCUGGCAGUAUGACACCAAAAGACCCCGAAAACAC